AUGCUGUCGGCGCUCCAGUCGUCGCGUCGUCCCGAUAGCAGCGAAAGCGCUUCCUUGGGACCUUCUUCGACCCUUGGAAACGUUUCACACGGCUUUCGCUCCCGAUUCGAGAUGCUAUUCUACCCAGAAAACUCGCCUCUUUCGGACCAAGGCUUUCAUACUAAACAGGAAGAUAUUCAGGCUUGCCUUCGAGGCAAGGUUGACGAAAGUACCGGCAACGAAAUGGUGAAUCUUUGGCAACUUCGCGAACUCUCGUUGUCGAAAGGAGGGUUAUUGAGUGCCGAUCUACGCAAGCGCGCUUGGCCUACGCUCUUGGCUUGUCACGAACAAGUCUUUCCGGAGCUUGCCCAGCAAGACGACUAUGUUGCGCCCCGUCGCGUUCAGCCCGAUCCAGGCAACAUACGAUCCCUCCAACACGAUGUGAGUCAAACCAUCUGGAACGUGCAGGAUUGUCUGGUCGCUUCGAGACAACAUCGACAAAUACAAAACGAAAAAAUGGAUCGCUUCCUAGAGGAACAACGCCAGCAAAGUCAAAAGAAGGUCACCUUUGCACCAUCGUUGGUUCAGGCCAGUCCGAAGCCGCAUACUCCAGCACCAAAAGCUCCCGAAACACCUCCGGUAGUCAUAGCGACGUCGUCGCCAGCUUCCGGGGCCCGAGCUCAUCAGGAUGAUACCACCAGUGUUCUUUCGCACGAUGACAGCGCUACUGGGUUGUUUGACGAUUCGUCUUGGUCGGUGCGCACGCACGAAACGGCCUUUACUCUCAGCAGCAGGGUAAUUCGCUGGCGCAAGGCGUCGUCUCAAGAACAGAAGAUUCUAUACAAUGUCAUAUCGUCCGUACUUCAGACAGGGCCACCCAUUCACGGCAAUGAUGAAGUAUACUUCCACUACAAUGGUCUACAAGACCUUACGGCCCUACUACUCAUCAAUCUCGAGUCCCCAUCCCUGACAAGUAUCGUCUUGGAAAAAUUGGCACGAUGGCAUUUGCGAGAUGCUUUGCGUCCGGAUAGGAGCCACAUUGAAAUUGUAUUGGAAUGUUGUUUUAUGCCUCUGUUAGAGUCAGUGGAUUCUGGUCUGUACAACCAUCUUGUCAAUAAAGGUUUGACCUUGCCCAGCUUUGCUACACAAUGGAUAGCAUGCUGGUUUGCCCAGGAUAUUCCGGAUGCGCCCAUGGCGUCGCGGUUUUUGGAUGCCUUUAUUGUAGGCCACGCAUUGCUUCCACUUUAUGUUGCUGUGGCGUUUGUUGCUUCUCACCGAGAGUGGAUUUGGAGUGAAUGUGAGAACCUGUCUUCGCUCUACGCAACGUUACGUGGCAUUCCUUUUCGAGCGUUAACACAUGGUUUGGAUUUGCAAGACGAAGAAGAUGUGCAGCAGGGAAUGAUGCGUGUCGAAAGAAUCCUGGAGACGGCUCUUUUAUAUAUGAAACGGCUGCCUCCUUCUGAUCUCCUGGAAAUAUCGCGCAACCGCGUGGUCAGCGGUGAAGUCCUUGAACAAAUCAGUACGAUAAGCAUGUUUGGUCCCGAAAAUGUGCCAAUUUUCGUAACGGGUCCGCACUCGCCAACCGACUAUGCCGUCCUUCAGCAAGCAAAAUGGUUUCGAACUAAACUUUCUCAACCAACAUUUUCGCUUAAACAGAUAGGAGGUGCUAAGAACGAAGAAUUGCCUGGCCUGGCUAAUUCGCCAACGUUAGAAGAAGAGGACGAACCCGAAGGAAGCCACACUCCAGGCCCCGAAUCGUAUACGUUGACUUGCGUGGCCUUGGGAAUAUCGAAUGUGACCUCGUCCACUCGAUCUCGCCGCGCACUAGGUUCACUCUGGAUGCUCCUUUUUGUAGGGGUCUUGUUUGCUUAUCUGGCAGUGGUUUUGCCUCCGCAAUUCCACCUUUUUGGUACACAAUCGACAGCUGUACCUUUGCAUCUUUCGAGAGGAUCAGAGCCAGAUUCGCGACGAGCAUCAGAUCUGACCAAUCCAAAACUUCAAGGGACUCUUGGUUUAUCGCAAUUGAAAUUCACUUUCCAAGGAUUCGCAACCAGUGUUGUCACUGAGAAUGUUUUGAUGGAAGGCGAUUACAGCGACAUGAUCAAGGAAAGCAGAGCCUUGCCGAGUUUGUCAUCGGUAUUCAAAAUUAAUUGGUUCGCCGUUUUCCGUCAACAGUUCCACCUAUUGCAAGCUGUUUGGCGUGAUUUACUAUCCCCCUUUCGUCAUCGAAAAGCGUCAGCGGAAUCUUCGAAAGAGGAUUUAACUGCAAGCGGAUAACAAGCCAUAGAGGACUUAUUGCGCUCGUUCGCUCAAAAAGCUACAGCGUGCGUUGCCCUCUCAACUCUUCACUGAAAUGUGAGAUGACAUGCCGACUUGCUUACCAAACUAUUUACAGUUAAGACUUCUCUACGCUGCGUUUGUUGUCAGAAUUCGCGAAACAUUUCUUAUUGCGACAAAUGAUUGUAAUAAAACCGUCCGUUGGGUCGAUCAGACGAAAUUCGACAAAAAUAUCAUCAAUCUAUAUAAUGACACUCG